AUGCAAGUCAACAGUCUCGAUCCAUUGUUAUUUCAUAAUGUAAGUCAAGCUUUUAGAGAAAUUUGUUAUGAUACCAAUCAACCAUGGAAUGGUUACUCGCCCGAUUACAACGGCGAUCUUAUCAACAGACCGCAUAGCUGUUCUAUGUUUGAGCAAUUUAAAUAUCGUCCUUCUGAUGCAUCACCGUGGUUUCGUGGUAGCAGUAAAACAGGAUAUUUAACAACAGAGGUUUUGAAACGUCCGAAUUUGUCGAUCGUUGUGGAUUCAACAGUAACACGUAUCAUAUUUGAUGAUACUGCUCGAGCAAUUGGAGUGGAAUACUACGAUGCAAGUUCACAUACAGUAAAAAGAAUCACUGCGUUAUACGAAGUUAUCCUCGCUGCUGGUGCUUUUGCGACUCCCCAUCUACUUCAAGUUAGCGGUAUAGGCGAUCCUGAUCAUUUGCAGACUAUCAAUGUGUCUCUAGUAGUCAAUAACACUCAUGUAGGAAAAUAUCUGGCUGAUCACAUCAGCCUUCCUUAUAUUGUUCAAUUGCAUGAUUGUGAUGAAACGUUUAACGACAUGAAUGGUCCUUUCUCAUGGUUAGUACAAUUCAAUUCUGGCGUUCGAACAAAUCAAAGUAAGAACAUUCGAGAUAUUCAAAUCUAUGUACUGGAUGCCAGUGAUGGAAGAUUCACUCAUGCAAGUCGAUUUUGUUCCGAAAUAAAAGCCGAUCGAUGUGAUGUAUCAAAGUCUGGUACGAUUGCAACCCUUCGCAUUACUCUUCAGAACACUGAUUUUUCAUCGGGAACAGUCAAAGCACUGACAAAUUCAAUCUUCGAUAAACCUGAAAUCGAUUUGAACUGGACAAAACUUAGCGAUAAUGAUAGAAACACUUUUUCAAUGGCUGUUCAUCUCCUCCGAUCCUACACACUCAACAAAUCAUCCGAAUUCGGUCAACUGAUCGCUGGUGAAAUUCUACCAGGUCCUCUCACUUUUGACGAAUACUUGAAGUUUAUGGAAAGUGCCCUUCAUCCCACAUGUUCAUGUCGAAUGGGUUUUUGCACUGACAAGCAAUUACUUGUUCGAGGAACAACAUCUUUGCGAGUCUGUGACGCAUCCAGCUUUGGCUCUCAAAUAGAUGCGAAUCCGUCUGCGACAAUCUAUGCUAUGGCUGAAAUGCUGUCUGAUAAACUGAAAAGACAAUAUACUUCACAACAUCGAGUGGGUACAUGGCAAACACGCCAUUCUAUGCUGGUAUUUGAAAGCGAUGGCAUCACAUCAUGUUCCAAAAUAGCUGCAUUCGAUUUAGAAGGGACAUUGAUCCAUACAAAUCCCAACAAUGGUUCGAAUUGGUACUGGUUCAAUAGUUUUGUCAUAUCACGACUUCGACAUUUGCAUUCUGAUGGUUACAAAAUUGUUAUUUUUACUGAUCAAGCCAACGCUACUUCGAAACUCGAAUUUCAAUUACAAUGGCAAAGUAAGAUAGAAAUGAUUGCUACCGCAUUAAAAAUUCCUAUUCAACUCUUUUCUUCAACUACCAACGAUGACUACCGUAAGCCACGCAUAGCCAUGUGGCGUGAUUUUACUUGGUUGUUCAAUGAUGGUAUUAAUAUCGAUUACAAAGCAUCGUUUUAUGUAUCGAAAUAUAGAAGAGAGAACUUUUCCAAUGUACAUAUACAAUUUGCUGCUAACAUUCCAUUAACAUACUAUUCAUUGGACCAGCAGUUCAUAAAUGCUUCGUCUCACCCAACUAUACGACAUUUUAAUGUCAUACAAACUGUUCGGAUUAGCAAUACAGCUGAGGCUGUCUGGAAGCUGAUUGGCGGGUUUUUUUCGAUUCACAAAUGGCACCCACAAAUCUCAGCUUGCGAGAAAGUGGAUGAUCCACAGCAACUAUUCGUGAAAAGACGACUUGUUUUCUUUGAACAAAUCAUUGAGACAAUCGAACAAUUACAAGUUUUAGAUAAUUAUAAACGAGAAUAUCAGUAUAAAAACAUUGACGGAGGGUGGGGAAAAGUUGUACAAAAUUACGCAUCAAAACUUAGUGUGAUGGAAGAUGAUAAUGGUCGUUCGGCGAUUGUUUCAUGGAGUGCUUCAUUUGAUAGUGAAACUGAUAUUGUUACCACAUUUUACCGUAGUGGUUUAGAUUCCUUAGUUGAGUUACUAUCAUCCACAUUGAUGUGUUCAUCGUAUACAAGCAAUAAUUUCAAAGAGAAGCUAUUUUCUAGGAAGGAUCAAGCGAAUCCAUUGAUAUACUGGCGACAAGAAUAUAAUAUCAAUGCGAGUGAAUUAUGGAAACAUAUUGAUAUUCAGAACAGAGUAUUAAAUGAUCAAUUACCAAAAUCUCAUGGAAGUUUAUUAUCUUAUGAUCGAGAAAACUAUGAAUUGACAUACUGUACGUCAACAAGUGCUUCACAAUCGUCGUUUGUUACAAAUUAUAUUAGUAUGGAAAAAGUUAUCUCAACCGAUUCGACAUCUUCUGCUUGGAUACGAACAGGAUAUAUUAGUAUGACGAAUGACAAAAGUGUUGAUGAUGUCGCUAAUCAUAUUCUGGAAAAUAUUUUUGUAGCAGAAGGAGAUAAAUUACGUCAACAAUUAUCAAAAUUGAACACUUAG